AUGGACGACGGUGAUUGUAAGGACCCAGAUAUAUGGACGACGGUGAGAUAUAUGGACGACGGUGACUGUAAGGACCCAGAUAUAUGGACGACGGUGAUUGUGAGGAUCAAACUGGAUGAAAUAGUUCCCGAAAAGGAGAGGAAUGAAGAUUCUAAUCUAGACAAACGUCCUCACCAGCCCAUCUCGACCCACGUCCUCACCAGCUCAUCUCCCGUUCUCACCAGCUCAUCUCGACCCCCGUCCUCACCAGCUCAUCUCGACCCCCGUCCUCACCAGCCCAUCUCGACCCCCGUCCUCCUCAUCAGAUCAUCUCGACCCCCGUCCUCAUCAGAUCAUAUCGACCCCCGUUCUCACCAGAUCAUCUAUACCCCCGUCCUCACCAGCUCAUCUAGACCCCGUCCUCACCAGCUCAUCUCGAGCCCCGUCCUCACCAGAUCAUCUAGAUCCCCGUCCUCACCAGCUCAUCUCUACACCCCCGUCCUCACCACAUCAUCUCCCCCCGUCCUCAUCAGAUCAUCUCGACCCCCGUCCUCGACCAUCUCGAGCCCCGUCCUCACCAGCUCAUCUCGAGCCCCGUCCUCACCAGAUCAUCUCGACCCCCGUCCUCAUCAGAUCAUCUCGACCCCCGUCCUCACCAGCUCAUCUCGAGCCCCGUCCUCACCAGCUCAUCUCGACCCCCGUCCUCACCAGAUCAUCUCGACCCCCGUCCUCACCAGCUCAUCUCUCGAGCCCCGUCCUCACCAGCUCAUCUCGACCCCCCUCACCAGCUCACCUCACCAGCUCAUCUCGACCCCUGUCCUCACCAGAUCUCGACCCCCGUCCUCACCAGAUCAGAUCAUCUCUGACCCACGUCCUCACCAUCUCAUCUCGACCCCCGUCCUCACCAGAUCAUCUCGACCCCCGUCCUCAUCAGAUCAUAUCGACCCCCGUCCUCACCAGAUCAUCUAUACCCCCCUCAUCUCGACCCCCGUCCUCACCAGUCUCGACCCCCGUCCUCACCAUCAUCUCUCGACCCCCCCCAGUCCUCACCAGAUCAUCUCGACCCCCGUCCUCACCAGAUCAUCUAUACCCCUGUCCUCACCAGCUCAUCUCAGACCCCGUCCUCACCCCUCAUCUAGACCCUCACCAGCUCAUCUCGACCCCGUCCUCACCAGCUCAUCUCGACCCCCGUCCUCACCAGCUCAUCUCCUCAGACCCCCGUCCUCACCAGCUCAUCUCGACCCCCAGCUCCUCACCAGCUCAUCUCGACCCCCGUCCUCACCAGCUCAUCUAGACCCCUGUCCCCCAGCAUCUCAUCUCGAUCCCCGUCCUCACCAGCUCAUCUAUCCUCACCCCUCACCAGUCCUCACCAGCUCACCCCGUCCUCACCAGCUCAUCUCUACCCCCGUCCUCACCAGCUCAUCUCGACCCCCGUCCUCACCAGAUCCCUCGUCCUCCUCCCAGCUCAUCUCGACCCCCGUCCUCACCACUCAUCUCGACCCCGUCCUCACCAGCAUCUCGAUCCCCGUCCUCACCAGAUCAUCUCGACCCCGUCCUCAGAUCCCUGUCCUCACCUCAGCUCAUCUCGACCCCCGUCCUCACCAGCUCAUCUCGACCCCCGUCCUCACCAGCUCAUCUAGACCCCCGUCCUCACCAGAUCAUCUCGACCCCCGUCCUCACCAGAUCAUCAUCUCAGAUCAUCUCGACCUAGACCCCCGUCCUCACCAGCUCAUCUCGACCCCCGUCCUCAUCCAGAUCAUCUCGACCACCGUCCUCACCAGAUCAUCUCGAGCCCCGUCCUCACCAGCUCAUCUAGACUCCCCGUCAUCACCAGCUCAUCCUGACCCCCGUCCUCACCAGAUCAUCUCGACCCCCGUCCUCACCAGCUCAUCUAGAUUCCCGUCCUCACCAGCUCAUCUCAAGCCCCGUCCUCACCAGAUCAUCUCGACCCCCGUCCUCACCAGCUCAUCUCUCAUCUCGACCCCCGUCCUCACCAGAUCAUCUCGACCACCGUCCUCACCAGAUCAUCUCGAGCCCCGUCCUCACCAGCUCAUCUAG